GAAAAUGGUAAGGAAUGAGAAUGAAGCCUUAUGUUUAUAUCAGACUUGUGUAAUUUUCAGAGUGUUUUCGCAUCUUAUCCAAGCACCAGGAAGGGAGCAGGAUGCUCUCACUCAUUACCCUCAUUUUAGAGAUGAGGAACUUUAGGUCUAAGUGAGAGACACAAUGUGGUGAAAGAGGCUCCCUUCAUACCUGUGUGUCUCCGAGUCGUUGAACUUCUCUGAGCCUCAGUCCCCUCUUGUGUCUGUUAGCUUUGCUGUGUAACAAACCACUCAAAAGUUUAUUCACUCAAAGGAAAGGUAUUUAUUGUUUCUCAGGAGACUCUGUGGCUUGGCUAGGCCGUUGCUCUGGUCUGUGCCGGCCUGGCUGACCUUUGCUGGGCUUGUUCGUGUGUCUCAGGUCUUCUGGGUGACUUGGCGGGAUGGUUGAGAAUGGCCGCCCUUGCAUGUCUGGUGGUCGACUCCAUGUCUCCUGGGGCAUUGGUGGUGAUUCGGCCACCUGUCUCUUGCUGUCCAGCAGGCUGGUGGGGUUUGUUCACAUGGUGGCAGAAGGGUCCCAAGCAUGGCAAGGACAGACAAACCCCAACGUGCAAGCAGUUUUCAAGUCUCUGCAUGUGUCAUGUGUGCUGUGCACCCACUGGCCAGAGCAUCACAAGGCCAAGCCCAGGGUCAGUGUGGGAGGGGACCACCCAAGAGUGGGGUAUAGUUGUGGUUAUUUUUGCAACAGUCUCCCACACCUGGUCUGUGGGCAGGUAUUAAUACCUACUGCACGGGGUUGGUGUUAAUGCAUGUAAGGUUCUUGAGUAAUGAGCAUCUUGCACAGCAAAUGUCUCGAUGAGUGUUCCCCUCUUCCCUCCCCAGGAAACUUGCCAAAGGUCGUAGACUAGACCCUGACUUCCUGACUUCUGGUGAAAUGCUUUUUCCAGAUCACCAUAUGUCAGGAAACAGGAGAGCCGAUAAUCCCCCUUGAAUCACCUGACCCUUCGCUGGCGCAAGACCUAGGGACCAGACAGCAGCUCCAGCCCUGCCUCGUCCUUCUUUCCAAAUGCAGUCACCAUGUAUUUCAAGAGUCUGUCUUUCUCCCCAGAGAGCUGUCUUGUCAGUGCAUCCGUGGACGUGGUCCCACAGAACACCAGCUAAUUCCCUCAGUGCCCUGGGGCCUGUCGUCGCUGCCUGCCUCAUUUGUCCCUGCUCAGCCUCCUACACGGCAGCUCCCACGUGAUCGUUCACAACCUGCUCAGGAAAGGCACCCUCCCCGGGCACACACGUCUCACAAAAUAAAGGCAGGAGAGGGAGAAGCUUCCGUCGCUGUCUCAGCCUGUUAAAGAGGCUCAUUAAGUUCCCCUUCUUUCUGGCUGUAUUUUUGGCCACUGUCUCUCCAGUUUCUGCUUUUCCCAUUUCCUUUAGGAACUGAGUAUAGGCUUUUGGACCUUUUUUCUCAGUUUAAAUGCCUCUGGUUGGUUUGCUCACCUGCCUCACUUCACUCUGUCCCUCAAGAUAAUCACGGGGCCAUCCCUCCUUCCCUGGCCCCUCCAAUCCCCUUUCCCGUGUCUGUGUGCAGCUCUCAGGCUGUGACUGUGUUUGCAGGUCCUUUCAAGGGCCUAGCCAUCUGCUGUGCCUCAGACCAAGACUCAGGGGGGAGUUCUAGGCAGCUCCGAGCCUCGUCUGUCUUACUUUUUCCUUCUCGCCUGACUCAUUUUCCCAGUUUCUCCAGAAUUAUUUUCUUGGACUAUCAUUCCCUCUUGGGGCUGUUGUCCCAACAGAGUUGAACAUUCCAAGGAGAGAGCACAUCCUCAGCCAACCCUGCCCCACUCAGAACCAGCCGUCCUUGUCUUCCGCUCCCUCGUUGAGGGCCUGCGCCGUGCUCUCCACCAUCAGUGCCAACACCCACAGAAACCCUGUGAAUUAGGAAUCAUGAUUGCUGAGUUACAAAUGGAGAGACUGAGGCACAGGGAAAUUAAAUAAUUUGCCCAGAAUCACAGAGGGAGGAGAUGACCAAGGCAGGACUCUAAUCUAGCCAGGUUGGCUCUGCGUUGGGUUAUCUGAUCUGAAGUUCAUUUUGAGCAGAGACAGUGCUCCUGAUGAAUUCUCACCCUGGCUUAGUGCCCGGAAUUCUGAGCUCCUGCGUACCUGUCACCAGGUGGAAUUAAGAGGAGCAGAGCUUACUGGGAGUGCAGGUCUCCCAGCAUAUCAGGUCAGGCACCCUUGUUCAAGGUCCUGCCUUCCUCUUGCACUGGGAGAAAGAGAGGGAUGCAGGGUGGCGGGUGCAGGCACGCAGCACAGUGGAUGUGUGUGUGUGCGCGUGUGUGUGCGCGCGCGUGUGUGUGUGCGCGCGAUACCCCAUAGUGCUGGCUUAGGAAAGCACGGACUAAACCUGUCAUCCUGGAUAGCUGCUCAGGCUCCAGACGCCUUUGGUUCCCCUCGGUCUCCCUUGUGGAAGAUUUUGCCUUUGAAUCUGCAGUUUCUUAUUUGAUGCUAUUAUUGUAUUUGUGCUCUGGACCUGCUCCAAGAGGCCGCUCGGUAAAUCAGUGCAUUUCUACUGAAUUGAGGCAAUAAGCAGAUAAAUAAUGCAACCUCUCCUUUAGGAGAGUUCUUUGCCUUCUGGGUCAUAAAUCUGCUCUCUACUUAACUUUAGACAAAUAUCUCCUCUCUGACUUGGCCUGUCCCUGUAAUCCGGGCGGCUGCAGGGUGGACCAGGAGGCCUAAGACUACAGCCAGGUUCAGCUUGCAAAACUAACAGAGAGCAAGUGCUCUCAUUUACUGAAACUGCUGGGGGAAAGCAGGUUGGGAAACAAUUGUGUGGGUAAAUGGGACUUAUUUGGAAUCUUCUGGGUGCUGGAGGAGUGUUUACUCCUUAUCCGUCUGGAGUCCAGGUAUCUGCCACAGGACCUCUGGAACCCAAAGGGAACCAUCCUGGGGAUCAGCACCAGUGCCUCCUUCUGUCUCCCGUGGCGGUUCUGACAUAACUGCCCACAGGCCCUGCGGCUCCCUCGGCAUUGAGGCUCGUAGACUCAAGCCUUCGUGUGUCUGGCCGGCUUCGUUUAGCUCGUUGGUGAUGACUGUACUUCCCUAAGCACAGAGUCCCCUGACAAUCAUGUGGCACCGGCCGCAGGAGAGAUUAGACAGGCAAGUGGGAUGAGCUCAGCCCCAGUAUGUCAUCACCCAUAGGGGAAAAGCAUCCAAAAUGUGCCCCAGGGAACACCAUCAUUCCACCUUCUCUGUACCCUGCCCUUUCUCUCCAUCCCUUCAGCUUCUCUCACCUGGGCCUUGUCAGCAGUCUCCCAACUGGUCCUCUAAUCCUCUGCAAGAAUGCCCUGGGUGAAAUCACAUUUGACCAAGUCUCGCCCUUGUGUAAAGCCCUUCGAUGCCCCUGUUACCUAGACAGUGAAGUGGAAGCUUGUUGGCAUGCACACAAGUUGCUUCAUGACCUGGCUUUGCUGGCCUGCCAAUUGUAUCUUUUUCUCCCCCUCUCCUUCUCCACUACACUUUCAGUUCCAGCCGUAUCAACUGCGUUUACAGAACCCUGAGUUACUGUGGAAUUGCACAGCUCCGUGCCUCUGCACGUUCUCUGAUGUCUAACUAGAACCUGUCCUGGCUCUCUAUUGCUGCAUAACAAACCACCCAAAACCUAGUGGCUUAAAACAGCCAUGAUUAUUAACAGAGGCUCAGCUGGGUGGUUCUCACUUGGGGUCCCUCCUCUUGUUGACAUCAGGUGGUGGCUGAGGCCACAGCCGUCUGAAGGCUCUUCCACUCCUGCCUGCACUGGGCUGGGCUGGCCGGGCAUCGCUCCACUCUCUCCACGUGACCUCUCUCUGCUACUUGGGCUUCCUCACAGCGUGGCAGUCUCAGGGAAGCUGGACUCCUCACACGGAUUCCGGCUUCCCACUGGGUGUGCCUUCUAAGAGACCCAGCUGGAACCUACAGGCUUCUUAUGACCUAGCCUUGGAAUUCUCUCAGCAUCGUUUCCGCCAUUUUUUUGGGGUCAAAGCAGUCACAGGCCAGCCCAGAUUCAGAGGGGUGAGGAAAUAGACCACAGCUCUCAAUGUGGGCUUCCCUUGCCUGUCUAGAGGGGUAGGAAUUGAUGGUGCCAUCUUGGAGAUAAACAGCUACAAUGUCUUUCACCCUCUUGUUCUCCUGGAAAACUGCUAUUUGUUCAUUUAACGCCCAGCCAAAUGUUGCUUUUGUAAAGUCAUCCCUCUCCUACCGAGGCAGAAUUAACCUCCAAGUCCAAGAAAGUCAUUCUGGAGAAACGGGGAAAAUGAGUCAGGAGUGAGGACUGCUCCUUGAUGUGCCUCUGUUACCGUCCUCUCACACUGCACUUACUUGUUGGUGUUUCUCCUUCUUGACCGUACAUUUUUUGAGGGCAGGGCUAUUCCUGAUCCAUCUCUGUGUCGUUGGGGGCCAGCUUAGCACCAACACAUAGGUGCUCAAGAAAUAGUGGUUGAGGUAAGUAAACUGAGUUACUGCUGUUUUGUAAUUUUGCCCCCGGGCUGUUACCCUGAGAACCAAGCAGUCAGUCUGCCACACAGAGUAGGUGGAGCCCCUCCUGUUAUCCAGCAAAUCGGCUUCCGUUAUGGGCUUCAGUUCUCCGUGUUUUGGGCUUCCACAACGAUAAUAACUACAGUAUCGAGCAUGUAUGGAAUGUUUAUCAUGUGCCAGGCAUUGUUCUAAGCACUUUAUAUGUAUUAAUUAAUCAGUCCUCCCAAUAGUCUCAUCUUACCACCUGUUAUUAUUCCUGUCUUACAGAUGAGGGGACACAGGGAGGUCACAGAGCUCAGACAAAGAGCAGGCUCGAGUCCGUAUUCUUUGGCUCUGUGCUCUCCACGAACGUCCUCUCCUGAGCUCAGCAUUUUCAGAGCAUGUUUAGUGGAAUGUCACAGCGAUAAUAAGGGGUGUCACGUGAGGAACAUCGAAGGAGCAAACACUUUUCAACCUGAAGAGGAGGCUACUAGGAUUCAGAUAAGCAAAGGGCUGACUUGUCAUCAGCGUCCUCUGUUGGAGGCAAGAUCAGUGGGGCCUUGGCGUGAUGGAGAACUUCCUCAUCACCGUGUCCCCACGAGUUUGGGCUGCCCUGAAAAGUCAUGAGUCCCACGUCUCUUGGAGGAUCCAAAGACCAGACCUCUCAGGGGGAUGAAGAGAAAGAGCCUCCCAAGAGCCACCCCUACUCCGUGGAGACCCCAUAUGGCUUUCACUUAGACCUGGACUUCCUCAAGUAUGUGGAUGACAUCGAGAAGGGCCACACCAUCAAAAGGAUUCCCAUCCACAGAAGGGCCAAGCAGGCCAAGUUUAGCACCUUGCCCCGAAACUUCAGCCUUCCCGACAGUGGGGCGCGCCCCCACACUGCUCUUCCUCUUCCCCGCCAGAACUGGUCCCCAGUGGUGCCGAGGAAGGGGUCGCUCGGGACAGAGGGGCGAGCCCAGUCCCUGCCGCCCGGGGGUCACCCCCGAGCCCCCGCCAGCGGGAGUGAGGUGAGCUUCCGCAGGAAGGCCCUGUUGGCCGAGACUGCCAGACAGCUGGAGGCCGCGGCUCCGGGGGAGGCUGAGCUCGCCCCCGGGAGUGGACGGCCCCAGCUUCUGAGAGCGUCCAGCAUGCCAGCCACGCUGCCGCAAAACAGGGCCUCGGAGGACCCAAGCCUAAAGUCAGGUGCCCCCAUGCCUCCCGCACUUCCUCCGCUUCAGGGCGAGGGCAGUGUCUGUGACGGCUCCUUUGGCCCUGCAGAAGGAUUUGCAGGUUUUCAGAGCUCCACCCCACGAGCAGCGGCUCAGCCCAAGGUCAGAGAGUUUAGAGACCUGGUGCCGGGGGUCCCAGAGCAGGUCCGGGAGGGGACUGAGUCUCCAGGGGGUGAAGAAGAGGCUCCAAGUCACCUCUCUCCCCCAAGUCCUCCCUUCUCAUCCCAGAAUGCACUUUUACUUCUGGAGGAUGCCGAAGACGAACACGAAGCCAGAGAAGCAGAGAUGGAGGUCACCCCUGGCUCCCCAACACCAAGCCCCCCACCUCUGCCAUCACCCACCCCUGAGAAUGAGCUCCCCCUGGAGGAAAUUGAGCUCAACAUCAGCGAGAUCCCCCCGCCGCCACCUGUAGAGGUGGACGUGAGGAGCAUCGGCGUCCGGGUCACAGAGGAAAGCCUGGGUCUCGCCACCCUGGACCCCGGCAGUGUCUCCGGCCUGCAGCAGCAGCUCUCGGACCUUGAGGGUGAGUUGUCUGCAAGAACUGAGGAGCUGGCCCGGGUCAGAGCUGCCCUCCAGCAGCAGGAGGAGGAGUUCAAGGCCCGGGGGCACAGGAUUCAGGAGCUGGAGCACACCGUGGCUCAACUGGCAGCAAAGCUUAGCCAGGAGGACACCAAAGACACGCGGGGCCAGACUGACGCCAUGGUCAACACUGACCCUCUCCACAGACUCCUGGCCAGGGAGUUGUGUGACAAGAGCAUUGGGGUCAACCUUGUGGGCAGCAUGGGAUCCGAAGGCGGGGGGGCCAGAGGAGAGGAGAAUGGCCUUCUGUGGGGACAGGACAAUCACAAAUGCAGGGAUCUGAGCCCAGCAGGAUUGGUGCCACCGCCCCAGCUGUCACUGCUGCAGGGACCCAAGAUGGUCCUCAACCCCUCUUUACAUAGCUGCCUCUCCACUGAGCUCCGGAUCGAAGAAGCAGGCUCUGAGCAGCGGGGAGACCCUCAGGGGGGAGCCCGGGGUCUGGGUAGGGGAGCAGGAGGCUCUUCAUGGAGCGGCGACAGAAAGGCGCCCCCAGCAGGGAGGGAGGAGGCAGGUUCAGAGCUCCCGGGGAGGGAGCGCCUGGGAAGGCCGCCCGGCUCACCUGCAGAUGCCACUCUUGGGCAAUACGUGAAGAAGAUCCAGGAGCUGCUGCAGGAGCAGUGGAGCUGCCUGGCGCACGGGUACCCGGAGCUGGCCAGCGCCCUCAAGCAGCCCGCCUCCAAGCUCAGCAGCACCCAGACCCAGCUCCUGAGCUCCCUCAGCCUGCUGCUGUCUGCCUGCUCCGCCCAGGCUCCAGCCCAGAAGGAGCCCCCGGCCCCCGGCGCCUCCCCACCCAGGGAGAUCUCCCCGUCGACCAGCCUUAAAUCCAUAAUGAAAAAGAAAGACUAUGGCUUCCGUGCAGGAGGUAAUGGGACCAAAAAGAACCUUCAGUUUGUUGGGGUUAACGGUGGCUACGAGACCACCUCGAGCGAGGAGACCAGUGGUGAGGACAGCUCCCCAGAGGACCUGUCUGACAGCGAGGCUGAGAAGAAAUGUGAGGGCCUGGAAUACAGGCGGGGCAAGGAUGCCCACCCCAGCAGCAAAGCGGGGCAGGGUGUCCCUGAGGGCACUGGCAGCGCAGGCCAGGAGAGUGGGCCUGGGGAAGAGCUCCCCCGCCCCAAGGCUGAGAGAUAUAAACCCUCAGAAGAGUUCCUUAAUGCAUGCCGGGCGUUGAGCCAACAUCUGCCAGAAACUGCGACCACCACCGACCAACUCUUGAGGCAGAGCCUGAACACCAUCAGGCAAGAGUGGUUCCGCAUCUCCAGCCGGAAGUCGUCUAGCCCUGCUGUGGUGGCCGCCUACCUCAACGGGGUCCAGCCUCAUUCCCAACACGUCCUCAAGCUGCUUGUCAACCUGGCUGAUGGCAACGGGAACACAGCCCUUCACUACAGCGUGUCUCACUCCAACUUCCCUGUCGUGAAGCUGCUGCUGGAGACAGGUGUCUGCAGUGUGGACCAUCAGAACAAAGCUGGCUAUACCGCCGUGAUGAUCACUCCCCUGGCUUCUGCAGAGAGCCAUGAAGACAUGGCUGUUGUCCGGAAGCUCUUAAGAGAAGGAAAUGUGAACAUCCAAGCCACUCAGGGAGGCCAGACGGCGCUGAUGCUGGGAGUCAGCCACGACAGGGAGGACAUGGUCCAGGCGCUGCUCAGCUGCCAGGCAGACGUCAACCUGCAGGACCACGAGGGGUCAUCGGCCCUCAUGCUGGCCUGUCGCCAUGGCAACGCUGACAUGGUGCGGCUGCUCCUGGCACACCCGGCCUGCGACAGCAGCCUGACUGACAAGGCUGGCCGAACAGCUUUGUCCAUCGUCCUGACAUCACCCGCCCACGUGGAAAUUGCAGGGCUUCUGCGUGCCCACGCGGAGCAGGGCAGGUCCCUGGGGCCGUAGGGGCUGCGGAAGAGCUGGCAGCGGGAACAAAGGGCUCCCUCUCUGGAUCCUCCCUCGCCCUUGGAGAGGGCAUGGGUCAGAGCCCGAGGGCCGCCCCUCAAGAGAAGGAACUAUGUCAAAUAUGCACAUACAUUCCUGCCGUAUAAUUCUGCUCAUUAAGAUGCUUUGUAGUUUUGCCUUAGGCCAAGCCCCCAAACUCCGCGGCUGCAGAGCAGGGUGCAAGGCGCAGGGUGCACUGAUGUCUCAGCGUCCCAAACAUCCCAGCCUUGAGUUCCUCGUGCCUCCACCCUGUGUAGCGCCGUGUAGCAGGCAGGCAGGAGCACAUUAGCACAGCAAUACUUUUUACAUGGAAUUUUUAAGUGCACCAUCCUUUUGUUUUUUAAUCAACUGUAUAUGAAUUUGUCCGUGGAAUAUGCAUGUCUAGAGAGGAUGGCAGUUACGCAGCCGCCCUGGCGAUCAUCCUCUAGAGGACCCCAGGAGAAUCACCACGCGGACGGGUGAGACUGAACAAGCCCCCUUUGGGGCCCUUGUUUAGUUGGAGUUGACAGAGAAGUCUUAAAUUCCGUCAAGAUAGAUAGGAAGAAGCACGUUGGCGUCAGUGCCAGAUACAGUCUCGACUGUUUCCGAGUCUUCGAGUGGCUCCAGUUUGCUCUAGGGAAAUUGGAAUUAGGAAAUUCAGUGCAGUGAUGCACACCAGUGGUGUCUAGGCAGAGUCCAGUUAGACGUCUGCUCUCCUGAAUCUGUGAAACAAAUCGAUCAGAGUGAGCAUCCUCCUGGGUGGGUUACUGUCAUCCAGAAGCCCCCGCAUUUCCUCCAUGGCUGUACCCAUGGCCUCAUGGUAAUCCCCCUCCUUUCCUCUCCUAGCCCUUAUGAGCCAACUGUGAGGCUCACCUCCCCCAGGCUCUGAGGUUUCCAAGGCUGCUAAUUGCAGAACCUGUGGGCCUGGGCUGCAGCAGGAGUGUGGGGCCCCUGGCAGGGCAGGGCAGGGCCCACCCUGGGCUGAUGUCUCUCUCCAAGGCACAGUUCUUUCUUAAACUUCCAUAAUCCCAGGAGACCACACGUGCCCGGCUCAUAUUCAGUAAGUCACUCAAGGUUAUCUAUGAAUUUGUUCUUUCUUAAGUCUCUUAUGCAAAAAAUCUCCCUUCUAUAAAAAGGAGAGACAUCUAAGUUCGGUGAGCCUCACAUUAAAACCCCAUUUUGACUCAGAUACCGAUUUGCUUGGUGCCCCCUGGGUGAGUUACAGAACCUUCUUGGGCCCCAAUUUCAUCAUCUCUGAAAACGGAAAUCACCCUACAACCUACUUCCUGGGGGUGUUGUGCAGGAAACAGCUGAUGGAAGUUUUGGAAUCCAAUUUAAUGCACAAAGACCGUCUACAGAGAUGGCGCGGGAACUUCCGUAUUCCGUCGUAAUUCACAAGAGAGGCUCAGAGGCCCAGAGCAGGACGCUGACGCCGGACGGCGUGACUCAGGGGUGGAGACAAUGGAGCAAAUAAUGAGCUAAAAAUGCUUUAAAUGGGUUUAUUUUGACCUCAAAGCACAUUUUAAAAGCAAAAGCCUACAUUAAUAAAUGUUCUAGCCCAGUGCUUCUCCAACUUUGAUGUGCGUACAAAUCACCUGGAGAUCUUGCUAGAACACAGUAGGGCUGCGGGAGGGAGGGCCUGAGAUUGCAUUUCUAACCAGUUCCCGGGGAUGCUGAUGCAGCUGGGCACCCCACACCUGGAGUGCAAGGCUCUGGCCUGUCAUGACUGUGUAUUAAAAUCCUGCCUCUCACUCUUUUGUCUCAAAGUCUC